AUGGGGGUGGUGGUUGCGAUCCACGGGCCCACAUGCAGUGGCAAGACAAGGCUUGCACAGGCCCUGCAGCGACGGCUGGUGCAGCGUCAAGAGCAGCAGCAACAGGAAGGCAGCAGGGCGAAUAAGGAACGAGCAGCCUGCGUCAUCGUGCAUCAGGAUGACUUUUACAAGCAAAACGUUGAUGCAAUCUCACGCAUCACCGUAAACGGACAAGCCUGCCAUGAUUGGGACAGCCCAGCUGCUCUUCUCGUGGACACACUGGUUGAGCACAUCCAACGCCUGUCUUCCCACCCAUUCGUGUGCGAAGAGCGCCGCAAACAGCGCACAUACGAAGGCACGCCAGAGAUGCCCGGGUACUUUGCUCAGCACGCCUUCCCUGCAUCAGAACGCAUGAAGUGGGGCCUGGUGCACGCGCGCCUCGCAGCCCAAGAGCAGGCAUGUCACGUCAGCAGGAACCGCAUCAACAACGUGGAGGACGCCGGCGUGGGUCGUGGCCACCCUGCACCCUCGCAGGAUGCCGCCUUGGCCAGGGCUCGGGUGUUUCUUGUGCCAUCCCCUGUUCGCACCUCGACAGAGCUGUCCUUGUGUCGCGCGAUCCAAGAGUCACCAUGCCAGUGA